GUGCCCGGUUACGCGGCUGCCCGCCGGUGUUCCGGGGCUGUUUCCCCGCACGCCGUGCCCGGAGCGGGGCUGUCCCGGCCAUGGAGCGGGCGCUGCUGCCCCGCCUGUGCCGCGGGGCCGUGCGGCUGUGCCGGGCCGGGCUCCGGUUCCGCUCCAGCCGCGGGGCUGAGGAAGGAGCGCCCCGAAGCCGCGACCCCCUCGCAUUCCUCCCGGGGGCCGUGCGGGCAUCGCGGACCGGGCAGGAGCUGUGGCGAGCCCAGCAGGACUUACCCCGGGCCGGCAGGGGGAAGGAGCGAAAGGCGCCGUCCCUGCCGAGGACUAAAGGCUCGGAGAUCCUGUUCGGGGUGGCCCCGUGCGGGCUGGCGCUGGCCCAGGCGCGGAGGGCCCUGUUCCGCCUGUUCCUGAAGGAGCGGCGCGGCGGCUCGGUGCUGAGGGCCGAGCUGGGGCUGCAGGCCGCGGCCCGCGGGGUGCCGGUGCUGCACGUCCCGGGCCGGGCUCUGGACAUGCUGUGCCGGGGCCGGCCCCACCAGGGAGUGUGUCUGGAGGCCGCCCCGCUGCCCUUCCGCAGCCUGCGGGACGCUGAGGAGCCGCGGCCCGGGGAUGCGGAGAGCGGGCAGCGGCUGUGGCUGGUGCUGGAGCACGUCCAGGACCCCAUGAACCUGGGGGCUCUGCUGCGCUCCGCGUACUUCCUGGGGGUGGACAGAGUGGUGGCGACACACAGCAACAGCUGCCCCUUGACUCCCAUAGUGAGCAAAGCCAGUUCCGGGGCCAUGGAGGUGUUCGAUGUGUACAGCACAGAUGAUCUGCAGGGCUUUUUGAAGGCUAAAAUUGCAGAAGGCUGGGAAGUGGUGGGAACAGUCAGCAGGCCUGAGGAUGUGGAAGAUGUUCCUGUCAUCAGCUGCUCGGAAUUCCGGUGGGACAAACCCCUCAUUGUGGUGAUAGGCAGUGAAGGGGAGGGGCUGUCCCUGGAGACUCAGCUGCAGUGCCAGAGGAUGUUGGCCAUCCCCCCUGGCAGGGCCCUGCACCCCGGCAUCGACUCCCUCAACGUCUCUGUGGCUGCAGGAAUCAUCCUGCACUCCAUCUGCAGCCAGAAACGGAGGCAUGGAGAUUGAAAUAAUCUUUUUUUUUUUGUGGAAGAAGCUGCUUGGUGUGGAUAUGGAAAUGCUCUUCCAGGGUCUCCACCAUCACUGUGAGUUCCAGGGAGACCCUCAGUGACCUGAGCUGCAUUUUAGCUGCUGCAGGAGCCACCAGAUCCCUGACUUAACACCAAAGACAGACACCUGGUGUCACAGGUAACCCCUGGGAGGAGCAGUGCACAGGAUUUGGCAAGAAAACACCCAGGGAUGGCUGCCAGCACCCUGCUUGUGCACAGGGGACUUUGUGCAUCACUCACACCAUGGGGACAGCUUGGGCUGUGGGUGAAAGUGCCACUGAAAAUGCCCUGGCAGCAGCUGUGAGUGCCAGCUGUGCUUGGCAUCCACUGGAGCUGGUUGUUCUGUAUUGGGUUGUAAACCAGGUGUGCAGCCCUGCCAAGGGCUGGCAAACAGCUGGAGAGGGGGGAACCUGUGGCAAUAAAGCUUUUGUAAAGAUUG